CAACAUUGUGGCUUCUCUAUUUCUUUGAGUCGCGAUAAUUCUUCUUCCACAUCGAUAACAGUUGUUGCUUUGUCACAAUAUGUAUAACGGAAUAGGGUUACAAACUCCAAGAGGGUCUGGUACCAAUGGCUACAUUCAGAGCAACAAGUUCUUCGUCAAGCCGAGAACUUCCAAGGUUGCUGAGAAUACGAAGGGCUUUGAAGGAGAUCAGGGUACUGCUGGUGUUUCCAGAAAGGCUAACAAAGAGAUUCUUGAGCAUGAUCGUAAGCGUCAGAUUCAGCUCAAACUUGUUAUUCUUGAAGACAAGUUAAUUGAUCAGGGUUAUACUGAUGCUGAGAUCGCUGAGAAACUCGAGGAGGCUCGCAAUAGCUUGGAGGCUGCAGCUGAUGAAAAUGAUUCUAAUUUGGACAAGUGAGUUUUUGGAUUUUAGAUAUUUGUGUAUGAGUAUGACAUAUGAUUCCAAUUGAUGAAUUUGUUGGUUCUGUCAUUGCUUUACCAAAAUUUUUGAAGUGUAUUAAUUGUUAAUUGGUUUUUGUUGUGCAUAGCUUUUUGUUUUUGAUUA